AGAAGCGGUGUGUGUUAAUUGUAUGGGUACCCAUGGGGCUGGGUGGGAAUCAGAAAUGUCUGGUGCAAGAAAGGCAGGUUGAGGUUACUUAGAGUAGAGCAUAUUGUGCCGUACGCUGAGGCAGCGGAAGUUGAGGAAGAUGGGUCAAAGAGGAUUCGUGUGAGUAGUGUCGAUCUGUAUCAAUACAGAGGGAUAGGCCAACGAGUAAUAUAUGCUUUAGUAAGAUUGGCUUUUUUAGCAUUCAUAGCAAUGGUUAUAAACUGUACUGCAAGGAUGGAACGUAAAUCACAGAAAACAGAGGUUGUGGUGGCAGCUGCAGAGAAGUAUUUGGGUGUGCGAGAUUUGACGUCAGAAGAGUUACAGGGUUUGUUGAGUAGUUGUGUCCUGUCCUUUCAGGCCUGAGGUAGGACUAGAUAGGUUUAAAUAGUGGAGUAUGGUGGUGGGUUUUUAAUGAGUGUAGGGUUAGAUGGUAGGGUAUUUGUUGAUUUUAUUUCCCAGGCCUCUCUCGCUUCCAUCCUCUGUAUUCCUCUGUAUAGCCCUGGAACCAGUAGCCUAGGCCAAUGCGUGUCCCAGAAGUAGCAAUAUAGUAGGACUAUGGUCAACCCAAUAAAAUUAUUGAAUUAAGUUAACGUCUUCCUAUCAGUCUAAUUCGCAUAUAUAUUGUGAUUGGUUAUUGAAUCAGGAUAACCUCGAGCUCAUUAAUGAUAGAAUGUUCAUAUUUGAAGAUUGCUGAAAGACCAGUUUGGUAAUGACGAGUAGAACGUUAGCUAAAGCGACUGGUACUCAGGCUAGCAGAAAAGCACCUUAUAGAUGUUGUACUUAAAUGUUUUUGUGUAAACUGAGAACUGACAUUGCAACUCUUAGGUUGUUGUUUUGUACUAGCUACAUCAUAACCUAUUCACAGAACAUAUAUUUCAGUAUUCAUGUGAAAAUCAAGAAUGGACCUUAUAGUUUUUAAUCCCCUUUAAUUUAGUUUGUGUGUUAUCAGAAGUGGAUGUUGUCAAUGACCCCCAAUGCUUUCCCAUCCAAUUAUCUUUGAAGCCCCAGCUGCCUUUGGCUUUAUCUGUGAAACGACCUAUCACACACAUUCUAGGGUCCUGAGCAGGAAACAUGAAAUCCCUGGAAAAAACACCAGUGUGCAACCCCAUGUUAACUCAUGUUGAUCAUUUGGAAAAAAAUCCCAAGCUGAAGCUACUUGCUGCUUUGUGGGUCUGGAAAACUCCACAAAAGUGUAUAUCUCAUACAAUUUCUUCCAGUCCAUCAACCCAUCCAUGUUGCAGGAUGAGAGGAGAGAAGCUGAUGCCUUGUGUACUUAUCACUCUACUGGGGCUGACCCUGAUGGAGUCAGCUCAUGGACAGCACAUGUCAGACGAACCCUGCUCUGUCCAAAUUCUCGUCCCAGGACUCAAAGGAGAGGAAGGAGAAAAGGGAGUGAAAGGAGCACCUGGGAGACCAGGAAGAAUGGGUCCACCAGGGGAGAUAGGACAUCUGGGAGUUAAAGGGCAGAAGGGUAUAAUGGGACAUUAUGGGAAGAUUGGCCCCAGUGGAGUCAAAGGUGUAAAGGGAGAUAUGGGUGAUGCUGGAUCAAGGGGCCCGAAUGGUGAUCCAGGUGUUCCAUGUGAAUGCACACCCCUGAGGAAAAUUAUUGGUGAGAUGGACAUCCUAGUGACACAGUUAUCCAAUGAGCUGAAGUUCAUAAAAAAUGCACUGCCCUCCCCUGCAGCUGUCGCCGGCAUCAAAGAGACCGACAGCAAGGUCUAUCUGCUGGUCAAGGAGGAGAAACGCUACACCGAUGCAGAAGUCUAUUGUCAGGGGAGGGGUGGACACCUGGCCAUGCCCAAGGACGAGGGGGCCAAUGCGGCCAUCGCUGGGUACAUCACAGAGGCGGGCCUGAGCCGGGUGUACAUUGGUAUCAACGACAUAGACCGCGAGGGUCAUUUCACCUACGUGGAUAAUUCCCCAAUGAGCACCUUCAGUAAGUGGAGGGAAGGGGAACCCAACAAUGCCUACGAUGACGAGGACUGUGCUGAAAUGGUGGCGGUGGGGGACUGGACCGAUGUGGCCUGCCACCCCACCAUGUACUUUGUCUGUGAGUUUGACAAGGACAGUGUCUAAGGAGCAUUUGUUUGAAAGUGGUAGUGAAUUAUAGAGAAGCCUUUUAUCGAGUUCUACAGAUGUUGUUCAGUAUGUACAAUUAUUUUGACACAGCUGCAUUUAAAUAUCUAUGCUAAAUAUCAUUGUACAGUAUGAAAGAUUGAGUACUGACAUGCAACAACAGUUAUGUAAAGACAUGGUGUUUCUUCUCAGUUGUUAGUUUUCUUCCUUUUUGACUUGAAUGUUUGACUUGAAUGGAUGAUGUUUUUAUAAACCAUUGCAUUUAAUGGAUACAGCAAUUUCUACCCUGAUCUCUUAAUCUACUUGGAAUCUGCUUUUUGAAGAUGAAACUUUUUUUUGUCUUUCUCAUCAUGUUUAUGUGAGUUACAGUGCCUUGCGAAAGUAUUCGGCCCCCUUGAACUUUUCGACCUUUUGCCACAUUUCAGGCUUCAAACAUAAAGAUAUAAAACUG